AUGCUCCCCAGCGAUAUCAUGUUCCAGAGGCUGCACUAUUCAGCGUGUCACCAAAACGGGUCGGCUGUGAGAGAAGAACACCUCGGACUCGACGUCAGCUAUGCACAACUCCUCUGCGACGUGAUCCAUCAGAAACAGAAAUUGUUAAAGGCACUCAAUGAACAGACACUACUGAAAUUGAGCGCGGACGAAGAGGUGGCCUUCGUGAUUAUUGCUCGAGGUUAUGAUUUUGUCGCCGCAUUGUUUGCCGUUCUUGCCGUUGGAGGAAUAGCGGUCCCAACAAGUCACCAUGUGACUUUGGACGAAGUUCGCCACAUCGCCAGGACCUGCAGAGCUCAUGGGGUCGUACACUCCCGAGGUUUCGAACAGUUGACUGCAACGAUCGAUGACGGGACAAUGUUCCAUGGCCUCGCACAUGUCCCCAUUGAGCGGAUGAUUCCAACGAAGACGCUUGAAGUCCUUCGUACGGUCAAAUUCUUCGCCGGAAGGUCAAGGGAUCCUAACAAGCCAGCCGUCAUCAUCUUCACCUCGGGGACCACGGGGAAACCCAAGGGAGCUGCGCUACGACGCCAUAGCGUGCUUUCGAUAUCUUUGGCGCAGGUGUGGAAGAAUGACAUCAACGGCCACUUCGUGGCACUACAGCUCCUUCCGACGCACCACGCCACGGGUCUCUUGGUGAACACAUUUCCCACGCUCAUUGGGGGUGGGUGCGUGGAAUUCACCAGACCCAAAUUCGAUGCUGCCAUCACCUGGGAACGGAUCCGGCGUCGAGGGAUCAAGUCUCUGUCUGCCGUACCGACAAUCUAUGUCCGUCUCCUCCAGCACUGGGGACAAGAACUCGAGAAGAGCGACAGUCGAGAAGAGUACCGGGCGGGGAUGUGCGCUGUGGAACAGUUUCAUUGCGGCUCAGCAGCCCUUCCAAGACAUAUUUCCAGCAAAUGGAGCGAGGCCUUCCCAGGCACCAGGAUCAUCGAAAGAUACGGUGGGACGGAGUUUGGAAAUCCCUUUGGCAACCAGAGAGGAGGUCAACUGGUACCGGGGUCGGUGGGUGCCCAGAACCCAGGAGUAGAGUCAUACCUCGAAAACGGCCACGAAGGAGAAAUUCACGUGAGAUCUCCCACAAUGUUCUCAAAAUAUGUUUACGAUAUCGAGGGAACGCGAGCAUCGCUCACGCCUGAAGGCUUUUUCAAGACAGGUGAUGUCGCAGAGAAGAUUGACGGGCACUUUUUCAUCAAGGGUCGGAAGUCCGUCGACAUCCUCAAGACCGGUGGCUACAAAGUUUCAGCGUUGGAUAUCGAACGAGAGAUCCUACAACAUCCAAAGGUCGCCGAAGCCAUUGUCGUGGGACUUGAUGAUGCGGAGUUUGGUCAACGUAUUGCUGCCGCCGUGGUUCUUCAUGAGCUCUAUAAGUCGCUGUCGUUGCAGGAAUUAAGGGACGACCUUCGUCCAAAGCUGUCACGCUAUAAAUUGCCGACUGUGUUACGUGUCGUGCCUGAUCUCAAGAAGACGGCUUCCCUCAAGAUUCCCAAGGCUCUUAUCAAGAAGGAACUAUUCGAGACAGGUCACCCUGAUGUACAGAGAUGGGAAAACCCGAGCGCCAAGCUAUAA